GCAGAACCAGUUCGUCACUCGCAGCGCCUUCUUCUCUCACGUCAGACAUGGAUCUUAACGUCUCAUUCUCAGAACUUCAUCAUCUUUAAAAAGAACCAGGAAUGGCUGGGAAGCCCUUCCGGGCCACCUUCAUCUGGGGCAGCAUCAUCUCCAACCUGCACACUCACGUGGAGGUCAAGCGGCGGCGCCACAACCUCAAAUCCUACCAUGACUGCUUCCUGGGCUCCGAGGCCGUGGACGUGGUGCUGACCCACAUCACCCUCAACCGCUUCUUUGGCGAGGAGGCGGUCCCUCGCUACAAGGCCGUCCGCCUCUGCCAGGCCCUCAUGGAGUCCCGGGUCUUCGAGCCGGUGGGAGGCCGAUGUUUUGCCAAGGACAAGAAGCGAGCUACGUUUGAGGACAGCAGCUACAGCCUCUACCGAUUCCUGAGCCCAGUCACCGGCUCCGCUCCGCUGACCCACAAGUCACACUCCACCAACACCAUUGAGAGCGGCUACGACUCACCGGGAGUUCACAGGAGCAGGAGCAGCUACACCCCAUCACACCAGAGACAAGAGGUGCCGAGCUACUCUCCGCACUCCCCGGUCAGAUCGGACAAAAUGCUGGAGGAGGUCCUCGGCAACCUCAACCUGGCCUCCAGCGUCACCCCGCAGAUGAAGAACCUGGGGCUCUCGCAAGAAGUUGUUGAUGAAGUGUGGCACCAGCUGGCCGUCAGCAGGCUGCUGCAGCUGAUAGAGCUCCCCCUGUUGGAGGAGCUGCUGGAGGGAAAAGAGGUGACUCGGCAACUUCUCAAGGCAGUGGACAGUGACCCCGACUUGUUGUACACAUCCAGCUAUCUGGACAGGGAGGUUCUUAAGGCCUUCAGCGAAGCACAAGCUGACGAGUGGAUGUCAGGAGCAGUGGACUGUCUGGAGUUUCUCCCUGAUAACCUGGUGGUGGAGGUGAGCCGAGGGUUGGCCGGCUGCGCCGACGACCUCAUGCGCUGCAAGACGCUGCUCUACAGUGUCCUGGCUCAACACUACGGCAAGGCAGGCCAGCCGCCGCUGCUCAGCAACCACGUGUUCGACAUUCACUCGGGCAUCUCUGAGCUGCUCGUGAACGGUAAACUAGACCAGGCUCUGGAGGCGCUGCAGCUCAGCCUGAAGCUGCAGGACUCGCGCUGCAGGGAAGAGCUGCGGCGGCUGCUCAGGUUCAUGUCUGUCGCUGGCAAAUCUCAGGAGGUCAAACUGCACAAAGAGAUUGAAAACAGGAUGGCGGUCAAGCGGACCUUUUCCAGCGCCAUUGUCUACAGCCGGAGACUCUCCAAAGGCAAAGUGGACUUGAUGGUUCUGUUCAUGAUGGAUAACCACUGUGACCUGUUCAAAAUUCCAGUUUCACUGCACAAGAUGGUGAGUGACAGAAUCAUCAACAUUGUGAAAGGACAAGACACAAACACUGUAACUGGAGCAUCGUACUGCACAAGGCUAAGUGCGAAGGCGUAUUCGGAAAAUGCACAAAAAACCACUAAGGAAGAACUUUGUUCUUUAUUACGGACAAUUCACGAAAACCCCAAACUACCAGCGAAAGAGAAGAAGAGACUUUUGGGGCAGUUUUAUAAAGGGCAUCCAGAGAUUUUCGUCCUGUACUUUGGGAGUAAAUUAACUACGAUAAACACUUUGUUACACUGAAAAUAACCAUGGAUAAAAUAACUGAACACUGCUGAGUGAGUUUUGUCUUCGAGACCCUGAACUCAAAUGUGAAAUCCCUGCGAUGUUUAAAGCAAUAUUCACUUGAAGGAGGCGGAAGUAACUUUGUUGGAGUCACAGACGACAAAAAUCACAGGACCUGUAAACUGCCUCAGAAGCAAAUAUCUGUUUUUUUCUGGUUUGUGUAGCAUCACCAGUCCCAGCCAGGUCAGACAUGUGUGACAUGGGUAACACCACGGAUCUGACAGUGACAGACAUUGGUUCCCAAUUCUGCAUGGAUGGUUCAUGACUGAAAACGGUGUUGAGUCGCGGCUCCGUAACCUGUUUCUAAUCUGCCAUGAAGCUGCAGUGGCACCCAUCAUCUGCAUAUUCACCUUGUGACUGCAAAAAUAAAUAAA